UUUCAAACAAUAUAGCAAUAAUUAUUUUCAUUUUUUAUAAUUUAAUAUUUAUUAUUAUUCAUAAUUGUAGUUAUUCAUCUGUUUGCGAAUACUCUAGCUAUCAAGAUUUACGUUUCUAAAUUGCCUGUAUCGAUGUCGAAAUUAAUUUUAAUCGUUUCGUGGUCACUGUAAAAUGUUCACGAAAAAGAGGGAACUAUGUUGCAGGUUUUGCUUUACAGACCUUUGGCUUGAGCAUACUUUCAUCAAGUGCGCAACUCCUGUCUGUGCCGAGUUAAAAAUUUGCCUUUGUCUUCAAUGUUUUGCAGCUGGCACCGGAGAUCAUGUUCACAAGAACACAGAUCCUUAUCAAGUUCUGUGUAAUGCCAUCGUCGUUGGCGACCACUUGUGGGCAGCUCAUGAAGAAAUCACAUUACUUGAUACAUUUAUGGAUACCAUGUCAUGGGAAAAAGUUGCUAGAAAAUUAGGCAGAUCGCCCAAGGAAUGUGAACUCCAUUACUUCGAGAAUUAUGUGUUUUAUCCAAAAAUUAAAGGUUUAGAAGAUGUGAACAAAAAUGCAUUUAGAAUUGAUAGAUUUGAUAAAGUGAAUAAAAAUGAGGCGAAAUUGAGUAGUGACACCUCAGAUUCAGAAGAAUCUUAUCAUCAAUAUGAAUUAGCUAUUCGUUUAGCCGGAUAUCAACCAGCACGCGGAUCAUUUGAAGAAGAAUAUGAUAAUCAAGCUGAAUGUAUUUUACAAUUAUUAAAUGAACCAAUAUGGAUUGAUCAGACAUCUAAAACCAUUUUAGAAUCAAAUUUAUUAUUCCAACGGCUAAAUACAACCAUUUUAGAUAUUUUUAAUGAGAGGCUGCAAGAACGACAUAGAAGAAAACAAAUUAUAAAAGACUAUGGACUUAUUGUAUUUAAUAAACAUCAAUUAUGGAUUAAGUCUAUGGAGAUUAUAUUGGGUCCAGAAAUGAUGCAAAGGUUAAUUCGUUAUUUACACCUCAUAAAACCAAUAGCUUUUGAUUUCCUGGUCACUAAUCUUAAACAAGAACAUGAAUUAUUAGCUAAAAUUCAUAAGCUUAUUGAUUAUCGUAAAAAUGGCUUAACUAAAAUGGCUCAAAUCAAUAUUUUUAAAGAAUUAAGUACCAAAAGAGAAGAAUAUUUAAAAAUAAGACCACUGGGAUCAUCAACAUCAAGAAUUAUUGAAAACUCAAAACCUCGUAUGAAUGUUUGUAAUCUUCCAGGUUUCCAAAAACUUGAUAAUGAUGAAAGGGAACUUUGUGCUCAGAUUAAAAUGUUACCUGAAUCAUAUUUGAAAUUUAAGGAAUUACUUAUUAAUGAGUGUGAAAAAUCUAAAGGUAUAAUUUUAAAGACUGCAAGAAGUUUGGUUAAAAUUGAUGUUAAUAAAACAAGAAAAAUUUAUAACUUAUUGAUGAGUAAAAGUAUAAUAUGGCAACGUUCCCAAGACUGAUUAUAUUAUGUUAUUAUAUUAUAAACUAAAAAAAAAAUAUAUAUUUUUAUAUUUAAUAUAUGUAUAAUAUCAUUGUUAUGUUUGACUAUUUGUAAUGAAAUAAGUAUUAAGUAUUUGUUUAAAUAAAUGUUAUAAUUAAAGUUAAUACUAACUUAAGCAUUUUAUAACUAAUUUAAUUUUUUUUUUAUAUAUAAAAUAUGAAUGUAUAAUAUUGUAUACUUUAUUUUUAUACACUUACAUUUUAAAAUAAUAACAGACUACUAAUACUAAAUUUAAACAAUAUUCAUUGUUUUCUAAUUUCUUUUUUUGUUAAAAAAUUAAAUAAUUUUAUGAUCUUAUUUUGAUUAAAUUCAUACCUUAACAAACAUUUAAACAUUAAAAUCAAAUAUUUGUUUCACUAUUUCUAAAUUAUUUUAUUAUAGUUACAACAAUUAAAAUUAACUUCUCCAUAUAUUAGUUAACAACGAGAACAUAUAAUACUUUGGUGCUGCCGACUUCCAAAACAGUUAUCUAAUGCUUUUGUAUACAAAUAAUAUAAAAAAAUUAUUUUAUUAUAUGUACAAAUAAGUCAAAUUUCCAUUUAUAUUUUUU